CCCGAUUCAAAAGCAAGAAAAAAGAAAAGCUUGUAACCUAGCGACCGGAAAGGCACACGCAAUUGUAGAGGGAAAGUGUGUGAGAGAGCCGAUUACGGAGACGGAGAGAGAGAGAGAGAGAGAGAGAGAGAGCUGAUUGCAGGUGGGUUGUUGGUGCAUUUCUCCCCCUUUCCCUCUUGUCAAAAAUCCGAACGUUGGGCCUGUAAGUCACUUACAGGGAAGUGACUUCUCACCACCAGCCCCCUGCAGUUGCCUAGAAGAUUUGCCUGUAAGCGACUUACAGGCUUUGCUUCCAGUGGUGAUGAAUUGUGUCUGCUCAGUACUCACUCUUGCCAAAAAUACAAGAGAAAUAAAUAGUCCAUAGUCCAUUUUGAUUUUUUUUUUUUUUUUUGGGUUUUCUCUGAACUUUGGUAAUUUGGUUUUGUUCAAGAUGUUUGGAAAUCCAUGGGUUCAAGCUUCUACUUGCAAACUGGUGUUGUCAUCGUCAAUGUUUAUUACGCCCUCUGGCCACCAAAACUUUGGUCCUCGUCUUCCAACUAGACUUCCGAGAGAACUAGUUCGCAUACGAGUGAGUUCAGCAAAUGCAGGACAGAGUCCGCCGCCCUCAGCCGAAAGAAAGAACCCUCUUGCUGUUGUCUUGGAUAUUCCCAGCAGCAUUUGGAGGCAGACGUUGCGUCCACUUAGUGAUUUCGGGUUUGGAAAGAAGAGUGUUUGGGAGGGAGGCAUUGGAUUAUUCGUUGUUUCUGGUGCUGUUCUUCUCGCACUUUCUUUGGUUUGGCUAAGAGGGUUCCAAUUGAGAUCUAAGUUCAGGAAAUAUCAGGCAGUGCUCGAGUUUGAGCAGGCUUGUGGUAUUUGCAUGGGAACACCUGUAAGGAUCAGAGGGGUGACUGUCGGAAGUGUGGUCCGGAUUGUUCCUUCUUUGAGAAGUAUUGAAGCAGUUGUUGAGGUUGAAGACGAUAAAAUAAUUAUACCUCAAAAUUCAUCAAUUGAGGUGAAUCAGUCUGGCCUUCUUAUGGAGACUUUGAUUGACAUUACACCACAAGAUCCAAUGCCAACACCUUCGGUGGGUCCUCUUGACCCAGAGUGUGUUAAAGAAGGUCUAAUUGUAUGUGACAGACAGAAGAUAGCAGGUCGUCAAGGGAUAAGCUUGGAUGAAUUGGUUGGAAUAUUCACGCGUCUUGGACGAGAAAUGGAAGAAAUUGGUGUUUCAAAAAGUUAUGCAUUGGCUGAAAAAGUUGCAUCUAUUCUACAAGAAUCAAAGCCGCUCCUUGCAAAGAUUGAAGCCAUGACUGAAGAUAUUCAACCUCUCUUGUCUGAGGUUCGCGGUAGUGGUCUACUGAGGGAAGUCGAGAAUUUAACCAAAAGCUUGAAAGAAGCAACUGAAGAUUUGAGAAGGGUGAAUUCAUCUAUUCUAACUCCUGAGAACACCAACCUGCUCCAGCAGUCCAUCUCCACCCUUAUAUUCACUUUGAAGAACAUUGAGAGUAUAACCUCCGACAUAUCAGGCUUCACGGGCGAUGAAGCUACAAGGCAGAAUUUGAAGUUGCUUAUCAAGUCCCUUAGUAGACUGUUGUAGAGAAGAUUAAUAGCUGGAUGCUGAUAAAGCAGAGGAUGUAACAGAUUCGGGUGAUGUAGGUCCCAUCUUUAGAUGGUAGAGAUCAACCGUGGUUGAAUGCCAUUUCCUUUUCAGACCAGACUUGCUGGUAAGACUUUGUGAAAGGCUUGUUAUUCAAUGAAAUCAGAGUAGAGCAGUGAGUUUUGGGCA